AGACGGGUCAUAUCAAAACAAACAGGCAUGUAAACACUGACUGGACAUCUCUCACUGAUCACAAAAUGGAGGACUUUCUGAAACUUCUGGAUUUCCUGGAGGAAGAUGACAGCAACAUAAAUGAUCCAGAUGCACCUUCAGCAGAGGAGGAGGAGAGCUGGAUCUUCCAGAAUGUACUUUAUGAGGACGAGGGUGUGGGCAGCUUCAGUGAAAGCAAACCAAAUCAGCCAGUCGACUCUGAGGAAAACCACGGCCACGACAACUGCAGAGAGAAUUCAGAGAGUGUUUCCACUCAGCCGGUCAACACUAGAGAAACGGUUAAUGUCUGUGACCAGUGUGGGAAGAGCUUCAGCAAAUGUAGCAGGUUUGCAAUGCACCAGCGCAUCCACACUGGAGAGAGGCCAUACAGCUGUAACCAGUGUGGGAUGAGCUUCACUCAGAAAGGGUAUCUGACCGGCCAUCAGCUUGUUCAUACGAGAGAAAGACCUUACCGCUGUGACCUGUGUGAGAAGACAUUCACCCAUAAUGCAAGUUUGACAGUCCAUCAGCGCACUCACACAGGAGAAAGACCAUACAGCUGUGACCAAUGUGGGAAACAUUUCACUAAAAAAGUCACCUUAACAGUCCAUCAGCGCAUCCACACUGGAGAGAAGCCAUACAGCUGUAACCAGUGUGGGAAAAAAUUCACCCAGAAAGUCAAUCUCAUGAUCCAUCAGGACAUCCACGCUGAAUUAAAGUCAUACAGCUGUGAUAAGUGUGGGAAAAGUUUUACCAAAAAAAUUAACUUGACAGUUCACCAGCGCACCCACACUGGAGUAAAACCAUAUAAGUGUGACCAGUGUGGGAAGAAAUUCACUCAAAAAGGGAAUAUGAAGACCCAUCAGCAAAGCCACACCAUGGAAAAGUCUUUCACCUGUCAUCAGUGUGGGAAGUGUUAUAUUCACAAGCAGUCUCUUACACAACAUAAGAAGUCUCAUCAACAUGAAAUAUAUUCACCUCAGGUCUAAAAUUUCAUUUGGUUGACAUACAAAGAUCUCAGAGAGGUCAACAAAAGAUAAGUCUGACCUGAGUUAAGGCAUUUCAAUACAAAUUAUGUGAAAGCACUUUAAA